AUGGUCCUGGAGCACCAGGGAAUGCUGCAGAACCUGCAAACGCUCGGCUCGCAGCCGGCCCUACAGCUGUACGCGGCCGCGGCGGCUGCCCAGUUAGCCCCUCGAAAUCGCACCAGUGUUCCACCACAAUGGGCACCCUUUCUGCAGUUUGGCGUACCGAACGUGUUCGGUGGCCACUUCCUGACGAGACCCCGGUUUGGUCCGCCUGGGGCGCCACCCAAUUUGACCGGUCUCGGUGGAGCCCCGGGUGCCGGUGUAGCUGGAGUUGGCGUUGGAACCGGCGGUGGAGGUGCAGGCGGACUGCCGGGGUCACUCCUGAAUGGUGGCUCUCACCCGAACAUAUCACCUCACCGCGCCAUGCAGGGACCACCGAGCGAGGACUCCAACGACGAUCGAGGAUCUGCCGCCGACGGGGACGACGAGAGCAGCGCAUCGAAACGGAGACGGUCGCGUACCAACUUCAACUCCUGGCAACUCGAGGAACUGGAACGGGCAUUCUCAGCCAGCCACUACCCGGACGUGUUCAUGCGCGAAGCCCUGGCAAUGCGACUGGACCUCAAGGAGAGCAGAGUGGCCGUGUGGUUUCAAAACCGAAGAGCCAAGUGGAGGAAAAAGGAACACACGAAAAAAGGACCCGGCAGACCCGCACACAACGCCCAUCCGCAGUCCUGUUCCGGUGAACCGAUCCCGCCGAAUGAGCUGAAAGCGCGAGAAAAAGCCCGCCGUAGAAAGAAAAUUGCCAAAGCCCUCGAGCGACAGGCACGGAAACUGCGAGCCAAGGGCAUCACCGUCGAUCUAGAGGCGCUGAAGGCCGAAUAUCUUUCCCAACACCGCAACAACUCCGGCAGUGACUCGGAGGACGAUGACGACAACGACAACGACGACGAAGACCCGAUCGACGUGGUUGGUGGGGCAGAGUCGGGUGACGAACCGGAGGACUGCUCCAUGCAGCGCCGGGAAAGCGUAGAAGGAGACGGGCUGGACGAGACGGGCAGCGACACCCCACGGAACAGCAUAAGGCCCAACCCGUUUAGCAUAGAAUCGUUGCUGUACAACAACACGUGA